AUGAAAUCAUUCUGCCCAAUCUUCUUCCUCCUCCUCUUUCUCCUGGCCGGGCUAGGCUCCGAGGCUGCCCCUUCGUCCCCACCUCAUGCCAACUCCGACUUUCCAGAGGCUACUGGCCCCUCGGAGACCUCCUCUCCAAGCCCUUCUGAAAAUUCCACUCCAGAACAGCCUAUCGCAGAAUCCCCUGGGAUUCUUCUUCUGGAUCCCCACCCGACACCCCACUCAGUUUCUCCUGAGACCUCCCCCGCUGACCUCACUGAGACCCCUACCCCUGCCCUCCCGGAAACCCCACACCCAGAGACCCCCGAAGCCCCCCAGACUACCUCUUACAAAAUCUCAACUGUAGAGUCGCCAGGGUCCACAAAACCUAACGUUUCAAAAACAACACAGCCAGAACUCUCUGAGAUCCCUGAGCAUUACUCUACAGAAACUCCACAACUCGGAUCCCAGGAGACCCCCAACCCUAAUUCCUCCAAAUCUUCUCUCUCAGAAUUUCCUGAAACCCCAAAUCCUUUCCUGACUGAAACUCCCCAGCAAGAACUCGCUGAGAUCCCCAAACUCAACUCCACAGAAAUUUUAAACCCAGACCCUGACCCCACUCAGACCCUGGACCCCCAAACUCCAGAGGUCUCUGACCCUCACACGACUCAGACCCCAAAUUCUGAAUUCCCUCAGACUCAUUCAGACCCCACAGAAACUCCCCAUCCAGACUCCCUCGUGAGUCACAACCCAGCUCCUACUAAAAUUCCAGAAACAGAAUUCCCCACAACUGGCCAUCAAGAUGCAACAGACAGCCCCCUGACCUCUAGCCCUAAACUCCCCACUACUCUCCACGCAGAUGUGCCUGUACCCCCAAAAGAUAAAGCUACAGCCUCAAACGAGGUGCCCCUGGAUCCCACAACAGACACCCUUGCAAGCACCCAAUCUGCCUCCCUCAAAUUACCUGCCUCAGAUUCUCCAGGAACCAUUGAACUGAAGGUCCCUCAGAACCCUGGCCCUAAAGAGCCCGAUACCCCUCCUCCCGCAGUUCGGAUUGCAGGACCCCCUGCCCCUCCAGGGUCCCCUAGUGAGCCUGUGCCCGUCACCCCACGGGCCCCCCAGCGGCGCAACAGAGGCGACAGAGUAAAUACAAUCAUUGUAGUGGAACGUGUGAAGGAGACAGGUGUGACUUUAGUGGGGCGCCCUCGGGGCGUAGCUGGAGGGGCCCUGUGCCUCUUCCUGGCUGGGACCGGACUCCUGAUCGGCAUCUUCCUCCUCCUGUGGUGUCUCUACCGACGGGCAGCUCGGCACCGGCCCUUCGCGCACCACCGGCUCCCGAACGACGACGAGCCAGUUAUGCACCUGGACACCCCAAAGGACCCCUACGACCUCUACUUUUAUGCACCGGACGCCUGGGUCCCUUCACACAUCGCCACCAAGCAGCUGCCGCCCACCCCCCCACUACCCCCCAAGCUACCUCCACCACCCCGCGGGGGGCCCCCCCAGCGCCUCGAGGCGCUGUCUCCUGCCACGCUCCCCAACAACUUCGUGUGA